CCCAAAGUUUCAUUUCCACAUCCCUAAUAUUUCUCAUUUUGUAGGUGGAAGGAGAAAGCCAUAAAAGCGGGAAAAAAGAAAAUGAGAUUUUGGUUUUAGCGUAGCGUUUUGAGAGGGGGUUGGAUUUUAGAAAAAGCGAGAGGGGAAAUGGAUUUAAGCGUGGUGCCGUACGGUCACAUCAGCAGCAGCGCCCGAGCUGAGGGCGAGUCGAACCCGGUCGAGAAGAACGGACCGGGCAAGAUCCGGUAUCGCGAAUGCCUGAGGAACCACGCAGCUUCUAUGGGGGGUCACGCCAACGACGGAUGCGGGGAAUUCAUGCCCGGUGAGGAGGAGCCGCUAAAGUGCGCCGCGUGUGGAUGUCACCGUAACUUCCACCGCAAGGAGGUUCCCGGCUACGCAGAUCAGCACUUCCUGCACCCUCAUCAUCACCACCACCACCACCAUCCGAUGGUGCUUUAUAAUGCGUGGGAUAAGAAGAUGCCGCUGCCACACCUGCAGCCGCAUCCGAUGUUGCCAGUCGUAGAUCUAAGGCCGCAGCAGCAGAAUCGACGGUCGGAAACGCCUGAAGACAGGGAAGGGCAGGGAACGACGAGGAAGCGGUUCAGGACCAAGUUCACGCAGGAGCAGAAGGAGAAGAUGCAGGCGUUUGCGGAGAAGCUGGGAUGGAGGAUACAGAAGCAUGAUGACGUGGCGCUACAGCAGUUCUGCAUGGAGGUAGGUGUGAAGCGGCACGUGCUGAAGGUGUGGAUGCACAAUAACAAGAACACCCUCGGCAAAAAAGAUGCACCGCCCAUCACCGUCUAAUUUUAAAUAUAAUAAAUUAAAUAAAUAUUUCUUCUUUUUUUUUUUCCAUUUUAUUUUUGGUUCUUAGGUAGAGAAAAAGAUUUGAAUAGGAGUAGCUGUUAAAAAAAAAUGGAAAAUGGUAAGAAAAGGAAGUCCAUCUUUGACAAGGCUCUUUCUUCCUUGUAUUAACGAUUAGGGACCCAAACCCAACGGCUGAGAUUAGUCGAGGGUUUUAGCUUCUGCUGACCACAUCCAAAAGCUAGAUUGUAUUUUGAGCUCUCUCGUUUGGAUAUAAAUUCUUGGGUUUUGUUGUAAUAGGGAGAGUUACCCUCUCUCCCUACCCC